AGUGUUCCGAGGAGAACCCGUGUGAGGGUCUGAGUCGUCACGCCACAUUCCAGAACUUUGGCAUGGCGUUCCUCACGCUGUUCCGCAUUUCCACCGGUGACAACUGGAAUGGAAUCAUGAAGGUAACGACCAAUCAGAGCGUGAUUUGUCAACCCAAUCAGCCAGUCAGAUCACAGCUGGGGGGGGGGGGGGGGAAACAGGGUUGAUUGUAGACCUUGUUGGUUGCACACAGGUACAGAGAAAACCCCUCAGUAUUAGAAAAAGAACAAGAUGCAGAAUUCUGCCAUUCUUCUUCUAGCUUUUCCACAGGGUUGUAACCGUGCUCUAAAUGCCAACUGGUGGGGAGCUUCUGUUUUAAGGCUUACAGCUGGCAUUGUUUGGAGAACACAGAACACAACACAUAACACUGUUCCCAGACGACUGUCUGUCGGUGGAACGCGAUUCAUAACCCAGUAAAACCGACACGGAACGUUGUGGAACCGACACGGAACGUUGUGGAACCGACACGGAACAUUGUGGAACCUACACGGAAUGUUGUGGAACCGACACGGAACGUUGUGGAACCGACACGGAACAUUGUGGAACCUACACGGAACGUUGUGGAACCUACACGGAACGUUGUGGAACAUACACGGAACGUUGUGGAACCUACACGGAACGUUGUGGAACAUACGGAACUGUUGGGGAACCUAGAGAAUCGGGAGGAACCUCAUUGGCUGACCACCCUCUCCCGGCUGUUGAAAGGUUUAAACCAUGGCGCCCCCCCCAAAAAAAAAAAAACCCGGCGGGAAAAAAAAACCCCCCCAAAAAGGCGGGAAAGGGAAAAACCCCCCAAAAAAAAACCCCCCCAAAAAAACCCCCCCCCCUUUUGGAAAGGGGGAAAAGCAAAAAAAAAAGGGGGGGGGAAAACCCCCCAAAAAGGAGGGCAAAAAAAGAAAACAAACAGAGACGACGAGCAAAGUCUAAAGGAGACCCCUCAGGAAGGUAGAGUAUAUCUCGAUAAACCAGGAAGACGAGAAGGAAACAGAAAGUGCCCCGACCUAGACAAACGGAACUGGAGAUGGAAAAAAAAAAAAAAAAAAAAAAAAAAAAAAAAAAAAAAAAAAAAAAAAAAAAAAAAAAAAAAAAAAAAAAAAAAAAAAAAAAAAAAAAAAAAAAAAAAAAAAAAAAAAAAAAGUAUCAUUCUUUCCCCCAGGACACGUUGCUCCUGCCCCAAUAGUAUCAACUCUCUCUCUCCCCUCCAGGACACUUGCUCCUGCCCCAAUAGUAUCAACCUCUCUCCCCCUCCAGACACGUUGCCCCGCCCCAAUAGUAACUCUCCUCCUCCCCUCCAGGACACGGCUACCGCCCCAAUAGUAUCAAACUCUCUCUCUCCCUCAGGACACGUGCCCUGCCCAAUAGUAUCAACUCUCUCUUCCCCUCGGAACUUCCCCUGCCCCAAUAGUAUCAACUCUCUCUCUCUCUCCCUCAGGACACGGUUGUUGUCCUGCCCCAAUAGUAUCAAAUCUCUCUCCUCCCUCCGGGACACGUUGCUCCCUGCCCCAAUAGUAUAAAACUCUCUCUCUAUCCCGCCAGGACCGUUGCUCCUGCCCCAAUAGUAUCACUCUCUCUCUCCCCUCCAGGACACGUUGCUCCCUGCCAAUAGUAUCAACUCUCUCUUCACCCUCCAGGACAGUUGCUCCCUGCCCCAUAGUACAAACUCUCUCUUCCCUCCAGGACACGUUGCUCCUGCCCCAAUAGUAUGAACCUCUCUCUCUCCCCUCCAGGACAAGUUGCUCCCUGCCCCAAUAGUAUCAACUCUCUCUCUCCCCCCAGGACACGUUGCUCCCUGCCCCAAAGUUGUAUUCAACUCUCUCUCUCUUCCCUCAGGACACGUUGCUCCCUGCCCCAAAUAGUAUCACUCUCUCUUCUUCCCCCUCCAGGAACGUUGCUCCUGCCCCAAUAGUAUCAACUCUCUCUCUCACCCUCCAGGACAACGUUGCUCCUGCCCCAUAGUAUAACUCUCUCUCUCUCUCACCUCCAGGAACGUUGUCCUGCUCCAAUAGUUCAACUCCUCUCCUUCCCCUCCAGGACACGUUGCUCCCUGCCCCAAUGUACCCAACUCUCUCCCUCCCCUCCAGGAACGUUGCAUCCCUGCCCCAUGUAUACAAUCUCUCUCUCCCUCCAGGACACCGUUCCCUCCCUGCCCCAAUAGUAUCAUCUUCUCUCUAUCCCCUCCAGGACCCGUUGCUCUCUGCCCAAUAGUAUCAACUCUCUUCUCUCUCUCCCUCCAGGACACGUUGCUCCCUGCCCCAAUAGUAUCAACUCUCUCUCCUCCUCCCUCCAGGACACGUUGCUCCUGCCCCAAUAGUAUCAACUCUCUCUCUCCCUCCCCAGGACACGUUGCUCCCUGCCCCAAUAGUAUCAAAUUCUUCUUCUCCUCCAGGACACGUUGGCUCCCUGCCCAAGUAUUAACAACUCUCUCUCUCCCCUCCAGGACACGUUUGCUCCUGCCCCAAUAGUAUAACUCUCUUCGCCUCUCCCUCGGACACUUUGGGCUCCCUGCCCCAAUAGUAUCAACUCUCUCUCUCCCCUCCAGGACACGUUGCUCCCUGCCCCAAUAGUAUCAACUCUCUCUCUCCUCCCCUCCAGGACACGUUGCUCCCUGCCACAAUAGUAUCAACUCUCUCUCUCCCCCUCCAGGACACGUUGCUCCUGCCCCAAUAGUAUCAACUCUUCUCUCUCUCCCUCCAGGACACGUUGCUCCCUGCCCCAAUAGUAUCAACUCUCUCCCUCCCCCUCCAGGACACGUUGCUCCCUGCCCCAAUAGUAUCAACUCUCUCUCUCCCUCCCCUCCAGGACACGUUGCUCCCUGCCCCAAUAGUAUCAACUCUCUCCCUCCCCUCCAGGACACGUUGCUCCCUGCCCAAUAGUAUCAACUCUCUCUUCCCUCCCCUCCAGGACACGUUGCUCCCUGCCCCAAUAGUAUCAACCUCUCCUCUCCCCCUCCAGGACACGUUGUAUGCCCCCAAUAGUAUCAACUCUCUCCUCCCCUCAGGACACGUUGCUCCCUGCCCAAUAGUAUCAACUCUUCUCUCCUCCCUCAGGACACGUUGCUCCCUGCCCCAAUAGUAUCAACUCUCUCUCUCUCCCCUCCAGGACACGUUGCUCCCUGCCCCAAUAGUAUCAACUCCUCUCUCCUCCCCUCCAGGACACGUUGCUCCCUGCCCCAAUAGUAUCAACUCUCUCUCUCCCCUCCAGGACACGUUGCUCCCUGCCCCAAUAGUAUCAACUCUCUCCCUCCCCUCCAGGACACGUUGCUCCCUGCCCCAAUAGUAUCAACUCCCCUCUCUCCCCUCCAGGACACGUUGCUCCCUGCCCCAAUAGUAUCAACCUCUCUCUCUCCCCCCCCAGGACACUUUGGGCUCCUGCCCCAAUAGUAUCAACUUCUCUCUCUCCCCUCCAGGCAACGUUGCUCCCUGCCCCAAUAGUAUCAACUCUCUCCUCCCCCCCCCCAGGACACGUUGCUCCCUGCCCCAAUAGUAUCAACUCUCUCUCCCUCCCCUCCAGGACACGUUGCUCCCUGCCCCAAUAGUAUCAACUCUCUCUCCCUCCCCUCCAGGACACGUUGCUCCCUGCCCCCAAUAGUAUCAAUCUCUCUCCCUCCCCUCCAGGACACGUUGCUACCUGCCCCAAUAGUAUCAACUCUCUCUCUCCCCUCCAGGACACGUUGCUCCCUGCCCCAAUAGUAUCAACUCUCUCUCUCUCCCCUCCAGGACACGUUGCUCCCUGCCCCAAUAGUAUCAACUCUCUCUCUCCCUCCCCUCCAGGACACGUUGCUCCCUGCCCCAAUAGUAUCAACUCUCUCUCUCUCCCCCCUCCAGGACACGUUGCUCCCUGCCCCAAUAGUAUCAACUCUCUCUCUCCCCUCCUCCAGGACACGUUCCCUCCCUGCCCCAAUAGUAUCAACUCUCUCCUCUCCUCCAGGACACGUUGCUCCCUGCCCCAAUAGUAUCAACUCUCUCUCCUCCCCUCCAGGACACGUUGCUCCCUGCCCCAAUAGUAUCAACUCUCUCUCUCUCUCCCCUCCAGGACACGUUGCUCCCUGCCCCAAUAGUAUCAACUCUCUCUCUCCCCUCCAGGACACGUUGCUCCCUGCCCCAAUAGUAUCAACUCUCUCUCUCUCUCCCCUCCAGGACACGUUGCUCCCUGCCCCAAUAGUAUCAACUCUCUCUCUCCCUCCAGGACACGUUGCUCCCUGCCCCAAAUAGUAUCAACUCUCUCUCUCCCUCCCCUCCAGGACACGUUGCUCCCUGCCCAAUAGUAUCAACUCUCUCUCCUCCCCUCCAGGACACGUUGCUCCCUGCCCCAAUAGUAUCAACUCUCUCUCCCUCCAGGACACGUUGCUCCCUGCCCCAAUAGUAUCAACUCUCUCUCCUCCCUCCAGGACACGUUGCUCCCUGCCCCAAUAGUAUCAACUCUCUCUCCCCCCUCCAGGACACGUGCUCCCUGCCCCAAUAGUAUCAACUCUCUCUCUCCUCCCCUCCAGGACACGUUGCUCCCUGCCCAAUAGUAUCAACUCUCUCUCUCCCUCCCCUCCAGGACACGUUGCUCCCUGCCCCAAUAGUAUCAAUCUCUUCUCUCCCCUCCAGGACACGUUGCUCCCUGCCCCAAUAGUAUCAACUCUCUCUCUCCCCCCUCCAGGACACGUUGCUCCUGCCCCAAUAGUAUCAACUCUCUCUCUCUCCCCUCCAGGACACGUUGCUCCCUGCCCCAAUAGUAUCAACUCUCUCUCUCCCUCCCCUCCAGGACACGUUGCUCCCUGCCCCAAUAGUAUCAACUCUCUCUCUCCCCUCCAGGACACUUGCUCCCUGCCCCAAUAGUAUCAACUCUCUCUCUCCCUCCCUCAGGACACGUUGUCCUGCCCAUAGUAUAAAACUCUCUCCUCCCCUCCAGGACACGUUGCUCCCUGCCCCAAUAGUAUCAACUCUCUCUCUCCCCUCCAGGACACGUUGCUCCCUGCCCCAAUAGUAUCAACUUCUCUCCCUCCCCUCCAGGACACUUGCUCCUUUGCCCCAAUAGUAUCAACUCUCUCUCUCUCCCCUCCAGGACAGUUGCUCCUGCCCAAUAGUAUCAACUCUCUCUCUCCCCUCCAGGACACGUUGCUCCCUGCCCCAAUAGUAUCAACUCUCUCUCUCCCCUCCAGGACACGUUGCUCCCUGCCCCAAUAGUAUCAACUCUCUCUCUCCCUCCAGGACACGUUGCUCCCUGCCCCAAUAGUAUCAACUCCUCUCUCUCUCUCCCCCAGGACACGUUUGCUCCCUGACCCCAAUAGUAUCAACUCUCUCCUUCCCCUCCAGGACACGUUGCUCCCUGCCCCAAUAGUAUCAACUCUUCUCUCCCCUCCAGGACACGUUGCUCCCUGCCCCAAUAGUAUCAACCUCUCUCUAUCUCCCUCCAGGACACGUUGACCUGCCCCAAUAGUAUCAACUCUCUCUCUCUCUCCCCUCCAGGACACGUUGCUCCCUGCCCCAAUAGUAUCAACUCUCUCUCUCUCUCCCCUCCAGGACACGUUGCUCCCUGCCCCAAUAGUAUCAACUCUCUCUCUCCUCCCUCCAGGACAACGUUGCUCCUGCCCCAAUAGGAUCAACUCUCUCUCCCCCUCCAGGACACGUUGCUACCUGCCCCAAUAGUAUCAACUCUCUCUCUCCCCUCCAGGACACGUUGCUCCUGCCCCAAUAGUAUCAACUCUCUCUCUCUUCUCCCUCCGGGACACGUUGCUCCCUGCCCCAAUAGUAUCAACUCUCUCUCUCCCCUCCAGGACACGUUGCUCCCUGCCCCAAUAGUAUCAAUCUCUCUCUCCCUCCUCUCCAGGACACGUUGCUCCCUGCCCCAAUAGUAUCAACUCCCCUCUCUCUCCCUCCAGGACACGUUUGCUCCCUGCCCCAAUAGUAUCAACUCCCUCUCUCCCCUCCAGGACACGUUGCUACCUGCCCCAAUAGUAUCAACUCUCUCCCCCUCCCAGGACACGUUGCUCCCUGCCCCAAUAGUAUCAACUCUCUCUCUCCCCUCCAGGACACGUUGCUCCCUGCCCCAAUAGUAUCAACUCUCUCUCCUCUCCCCUCCAGGACACGUUGCUCCCUGCCCCAAUAGUAUCAACUCUCUCUCUCUCCCCUCCAGGACACGUUGCUCCCUGCCCCAAUAGUAUCAACUCUCUCCCUCCCCUCCAGGACAACGUUGCUCCCUGCCCCAAUAUAUCAACUCUCUCUCUCCCCUCCAGGACACGUUGCUACCUGCCCCAAUAGUAUCAACUCUCUCUCUCCUCCCCUCCAGGACACGUUGCUCCCUGCCCCAAUAGUAUCAACUCUCUCUCUCCUCCCCUCCAGGACACGUUGCUCCUGCCCCAAUAGUAUCAACUCUCCUCUCCUCUCCCCUCCAGGACACGUUGCUACCCGCCCCAAUACUAUCAACUCUCUCUCUCCCCUCCAGGACAUGUUGCUCCCUGCCCCAAUAGUAUCAACUCUCUCUCUCCCCCCCCAGGACACGUUGCUCCCUUCCCCAAUAGUAUCAACUCUCUCUCUCCCCUCCAGACAGUUGCUCCCUGCCCCAAUAGUAUCAACUCUCUCUCUCCCCCUCCAGGACACGUUGCUCCCUGCCCCAAUAGUAUGAACUCUCUCUCUCUCUCCCCUCCAGGACACGUUGCUCCCUGCCCCAAUAGGAUCAACUAUCUCUCUCUCUCCCCUCCAGGACACGUUGCUCCCUGCCCCAAUAGUAUCAACUCUCUCUCCCCCUCCAGGACACGUUGCUCCCUGCCCCAAUAGUAUCAACUCUCUCUCUCUCUCUCCCUCCAUCUCUCUCUCCCCCUCUCCCCCCCCCAACCAGGACACGUUGCGUGAGUGUCUUCCAGAGGAGCACUCCUGUCUGACCUACCUUCCCCUGGUGUCCCCUGUCUACUUCGUGACCUUCGUCCUCACGGCCCAGUUCGUGCUGGUCAACGUGGUGGUGGCGGUGUUGAUGAAACACCUGGAGGAGAGCAACAAGGAGGCGCAGGAGGAGGCGGAGGAGGAGGCCAAAGAGGAGGAGGCUAGGCAACAGGAGGAGGCCAGACAAGAGGAGGCCUCCGCCACU